GCCGGGCUGAUGGGAUGGGAAGGGACGCUGCUCCGAUCUUCGAAGGCGGACAGUGAAGAGGGUUAGGUGCGCGGGAGCUGUGGUGUGCUAGUGUAGUGCUUGUAGCGAGAGAGGAGGCGGCAUGAAAUAGAGGUGUGAGAAAUAUCGUGAGAAAGAGAGCUGGACUAGGCAGCAGUGGAAAACGGUCAAUGGUCAAUGGCCAAGCCUACGCAUUAGAGGGGGAGGCAGGUAAGGGGGCUGGGCUGGGCUGGGCUGGCCGCUGGGCUGGGUCAGCGUCGGGAUCUCCGGCCGGCUGCGGUUGUGCGACCGUGUGGCGUGCGUGCGCGGCACGCAGUACGCAGUGUGUGCCUGUUUUUGGUCGGGGCUGGGUCGGCGUCGGGGUUGGUGUCGGGGUCGGGGGAGGAGGUGAUGGAGGGGGAGGGGUGCGCUUUGUGCUUUGCUUUGUGGGUUGGUUGGUGGGUGGGUGGGUAAGCGGACGGCGGACGGCGGACGGCGGACGGAGGGGAGGACAGAAGACGGAGGACGGCGGAUGCAUGGAGGUUGGGGGUUCUUUGUUUGUUUGUUUGUUUGUUGUUUAUUCUUUUUUGCUUUUUAUUAGGGAAGAGCUUCCUACUAGCGAGUUUAGACGGAUCUUCUUCACCUUAACUGCCUCCUCUAUAGCAGUUCUAUUCUUCACUGACACGCCAAACCAACACAUAACCCCCUACCCGUUCACCAGGCCCACAACACAAACACGCCCUCUCCCAAAAGCUAAAAAGGCUUGCGUAAGAGCGAAAAGUAGCCAGAUGCCCAUUCAACCACACAAGCAAUCCCCGUCCGUUAUCUCCGCUGCUUAUGCGCUCCUGUGUAACCCUCGGAAUAGCAAUGGCGGCGACACGCGACAUGUAUCCGUCAUUGGACAUUGGACUGCCUUGCGCUGAUCGACUGAUCGGCUGCUACAGGGCUUAGCGUGUGCGUGUAUGCAUGCAUGAAGGGAGUGAGG